AUGGCAGAAAACACGGACGAUUACUCCUACGAUUAUGAAUACUUGUACAAAAUAGUGCUCAUUGGUGAUUCAGGUGUCGGUAAAUCAAAUUUAUUAUCGAGAUUUACACGAGAUGAAUUUAAUUUAGAAAGCAGAUCCACUAUUGGGGUUGAAUUUGCCACUAGAACUUUGGAGAUUGAUGGAAAGAGGGUCAAAGCACAAAUCUGGGAUACUGCUGGACAAGAAAGAUAUAGAGCAAUCACAUCAGCCUAUUAUCGUGGUGCAGUGGGCGCAUUAAUUGUUUAUGACAUUGCCAAGACAGAGAGUUAUGAAAGUGUUAGCCGUUGGUUGAAGGAGUUGAAGGAGCAUGCCGAUGCAAAUAUUGUGAUUGAAUUAGUGGGUAACAAGUCAGAUUUGGAUCAUUUGCGAGCUGUCCCUACUGAAGAAGCCAGAAAUUUCGCCUUGGAAAACAACUUGUUAUUCACCGAAGCGUCAGCUUUGAGCUCUGAUAAUGUUGAUUUGAGUUUCCACCAAUUGUUGAAGAACAUUUACGAAAUGAUAUCGAAACACCAAUUGGACACAAAUGAGCAAGGUGGUUUGAAAUCUCCUAGUAACGGCCCAACGAUAAGUUUGACACCCGCACCUAAGGAAAAGAAGAGCAGCAAGAAUAAUUCAAACUGUUGUUGA